AUGUGUGACGAAGAAGUUGCCGCUCUUGUUGUUGAUAAUGGAUCAGGUAUGUGUAAAGCCGGAUUUGCCGGAGACGAUGCACCACGUGCCGUGUUUCCAUCUAUUGUUGGAAGACCAAGACAUCAAGGAGUUAUGGUUGGUAUGGGUCAAAAAGACUCCUAUGUUGGAGAUGAGGCCCAAUCCAAAAGAGGUAUUCUUACUCUUAAAUAUCCAAUUGAACACGGUAUUGUCACCAACUGGGAUGAUAUGGAAAAAAUCUGGCAUCACACUUUCUACAAUGAACUUCGUGUAGCUCCAGAAGAACAUCCAGUUCUUCUUACUGAAGCUCCACUUAAUCCAAAGGCAAACAGAGAAAAAAUGACUCAAAUUAUGUUCGAAACUUUCAAUACACCUGCUAUGUAUGUUGCUAUUCAAGCCGUUCUUUCCCUUUAUGCUUCUGGACGUACUACUGGUGUAGUUCUUGACUCUGGUGAUGGUGUUACUCAUACUGUACCAAUCUAUGAAGGAUAUGCUCUUCCACAUGCAAUUCUUCGUCUUGACUUGGCUGGACGUGAUCUUACUGACUACCUCAUGAAAAUUCUUACAGAACGUGGUUAUUCAUUUACCACAACUGCUGAACGUGAAAUUGUUCGUGACAUCAAAGAAAAACUCUGUUAUGUUGCUCUUGACUUUGAACAAGAAAUGGCCACAGCUGCUUCAUCUUCAUCACUUGAAAAAUCUUAUGAACUUCCUGACGGACAAGUUAUUACUGUUGGUAAUGAACGUUUCCGUUGUCCAGAAGCUUUAUUCCAGCCAUCAUUUUUGGGUAUGGAAUCAGCUGGAAUUCAUGAAACUACUUAUAACUCUAUUAUGAAGUGUGACAUUGACAUUCGUAAAGAUCUUUAUGCCAAUACUGUUCUUUCUGGUGGUACAACCAUGUAUCCAGGAAUUGCUGACCGUAUGCAAAAAGAAAUUACUGCUCUUGCACCAUCUACAAUGAAGAUUAAGAUUAUUGCUCCACCAGAGCGCAAAUACUCUGUCUGGAUUGGAGGAUCUAUUUUGGCUUCUCUUUCCACCUUCCAACAAAUGUGGAUCUCAAAGCAAGAGUACGAUGAAUCCGGCCCUUCAAUUGUCCACCGUAAAUGCUUCUAA